AUGACUCGUACAACUACUUCAAGGGUGGAGCCAAAGGCCGGGAGGCAGCCGAGAGCUCCGGUCAGGAGGAGGGGCGAGAGCAUGGCCAAGGCAGAGGGGCGGCUAGGCAGAGAUGUGACGGCCGACGAGGGUAGAGCCACAGAGAAGAGAGCUGAUAUAUUUGUUACUGCCAAGUCUGCGACACAUCAACCUAUGGGUGGCGAAGGCUCGGUUCCUGUAGAACAAUGCCCGGACAAGUGUUCCUACAGAUGCUCUGCGACGUCCCACAGAAAGCCAUGCAUGUCCUUCUGCAUCCAGUGCUGCACAAAAUGCCUCUGCGUCCCAUCUGGUACCUAUGGGCACAAGGAGGAAUGCCCAUGCUACAAUAACUGGAAGACCAAGGAAGGCAAACCCAAGUGUCCCUAG